AUGACCGCUGCCACGGAGGCGCCAUUCACCCUUGCGGUGCCGGACGCAGAGCUGGCCCUCCUUCACAAGAAGCUCGAGCUCGUUCGUCUCCCAGACGAACUAGAUGGUGCCGGCUGGGGCUAUGGUGUCCCCCUCGCCGACAUAAAGCGGCUUGUCGCUCGUUGGCAAGAUGGCUUCGACUGGCGCAAGGCAGAAGCAGGGAUAAACAAGCUGCCCAUGUUCACCCGCGACAUCGAGGUCGACGGAUUUGGAACGCUUAAUAUCCACUAUGUCCAUCAGAAGAGCGAGGUCAAAAACUCUAUCCCGCUCCUCUUCGUCCAUGGAUGGCCGGGCGAUUUCCUGGAAGUCAGGAAGAUCUUACCUCUCUUGACGGCGAACACCGGGGAUCAUCCCAGCUUCCACGUCGUCGCCCCCAGCCUGCCUGGCUUCGGGUUCUCAGAGGGAGCGAAGAACCCCGGCUUCGCUGGCCGCCAGUAUGCAGAAGUUGUUCAUAAACUCAUGCUAUCGCUGGGGUACGAUGAAUAUGUCUACCAAGGUGGGGACUGGGGGUACCCCAUCGGAAUGCAUGCUGUGACACACUACGGGCACAAGCACAUAAAAGCGUGGCAUACCAACAUGCCAGACGCUCCAGACCCGACAUUCCUCUCGAAUCCCCUUCUCUUCCUUAGCAAGCACACCAUCCUCCGUUUCGACAGAGAGGCGCAGGCGGGCUUCCAGAAGAUGGCUUUGCAUCGCCAGAAGGGGAGGGGCUACGCCAUCGAGCAGUGCACGAAGCCCCAAACACUAGGUUACGGCCUGGCGGACUCGCCCGUUGCUCUCCUGGCUUGGAUAUAUGAGAAGCUCGUCAGCUGGACGGACAACUAUCCCUGGACCGACGACGAAGUGCUUGAAUGGGUGUCGGUCUACUGGUUCUCGCGCGAGGGCCCCGCGGCCUCUCUCAGGAUUUACUAUGAGAUGACUGGCGGGCGCGCAUACGACGAGUACGAGGGCACGAGACGAACUUCAGUCCCGUUCGGCACAUCCUACUUCCCCGCCGAGAUCUUCUGGCUCCCUAAAUCGUGGGUACGCACGAUCGGCAAAGUGGUGUUCGAAGCCGUGCACGACAAAGGCGGACACUUCGCGGCGUUCGAGCAACCCGAGGCACUCGUUGGCGACCUGCGGAAGAUGUACGGUGGAGGCGGGCCCGCGUACGGCGCGGUUCCAGAGAAGAGCGGGUAUGAUUGA